AGGAGAAACACAAGUAAAAAGAAUACUAAAAAUAAUUAUUUAUCACACCUAAAAAAUCAAAAAUAUUAAUUGUUGUAGUUAGAGCAUCAGUAAAGAACUUAAGGCUGAAAAUUUCAAACCCUAGCUAUACAUAAACAUCACUCAAUAGUCUAUACUCUAUCUCAAAAAGAAUUUUCUGUUCAAAUAUGUGGUAGCUUCUGCCGAAUUUGAAGAAUCUUUCAUCCCAUUUCCCAGGUGUAAUUUCAUUGUUGUUUGUAAGUCUUCCAGAAAUCAUUUUGUGUUAAAAGUUUGAUACUUCUUUACUGGGUUUGAUCAUGCUGCAAAUUUGGGGAUUACCCAGAUCCAUAUUUUCUGAUUUAUUGAGGUUAUGGCUGAAUUGAGAAUGACCCAAAUUGAUAAUCUUGUCUGUAUUUAGAAAUUUUGCAUCUGGGUUUAUCAUAAUGGGGGUAAAUUGUGAGGUUAAUAAGGAGGAUAAGGCUAUGCUGGAAUCUGUGGUGGGAAUUGAGGCAUGCAAGUUUUUGAUGUCUAGAAACAAUGAAGAUUUUGUUAUUGAAUUUAGUCCAAUUAAUAAGCUAAAUCUUCAACAAGGGCUUUGUAAAAUUGUUGAUAGUUCUAGUUGGAAUUAUGCUAUUUUUUGGCAAAUUGUGAGUUCUAAGAAGGAUGGUAGGUCAAUUUUGAUUUGGGGUGAUGGGCAUUGCCGAGAUCCGAAAGAGGUUUUAGCUAUGGAGAGGGGAGAUUGUGGAGAAAGUAAUGGUGGGACUAGUAAGAAAGAUGAAGCAAAAAAGAAGGUUCUAGAAAAGUUACAUGCUUGCUUUGGGGGGUCUAAGGAGGAUAAUUUUGUUGCUACUUUGGAUAGAGUUUCAGAUGUAGAGAUGUUGUACCUUACUUCAAUGUAUUAUUGGUUUUGGUUAGACUCUUCUGUGGGUCCUGCCAAAUGUCUAACCAGUGGCAGACCGAUUUGGGUGUUGGAUGGCAAGUCGUGUUCGAACCAUUACCAGACUCGAGCGCAUUUAGCUGACUGUGGUAGGAUUCAGACUGUCGUUUUCGUGCCAGUGAAUAGUGGAGUGUUAGAGUUGGGUUCUAUAAGAAUGGUUUUGGAAGAGCAGAAUGUGGUGCAGAUGGCUAAGCAUAUUUUCGGGGAACCUCGUCCUUUUCAAGCUAAGAUGUGCCCUAAGAUUUUCGGGUGUGAGCUUAGCCUUGGUGCACCGGUAUCACAUUCGAAUAACAUAAAUGAUACUCCGAAGUUGGAAGAUGGUGCUGGUUUCUCUGCAGAGUCUCAUGUGGGUGCACGUGCUGCACACACCUAUGGAUCAUCGUCUAACGGGUUUUGUAGUGUAGACAAUGGUAAGAAGUUGAUUCCAGAGAUCAAUUUCGGGGGUUUGAUACCCGAAACCCAAAAUCCUACCUUAGAGCAAGCCAAAGAAGAACAUUUAGUGCAAGGAAGUCAGCCAAAGCCGAGAAAGAGAGGUAGAAAACCUGCUAACGGAAGAGAAGAACCGCUGAAUCAUGUUGAAGCGGAAAGACAAAGACGCGAGAAGCUUAACCAACGGUUCUAUGCGUUAAGAGCCGUUGUUCCCAACAUUUCGAAAAUGGACAAGGCUUCGCUCCUUGGCGAUGCAAUUUCUUAUAUAACUGAUCUUCAAAUGAAGGUUAGGAUGCUCGAAGCUGAAAAAGAGUUGGCUAAUCCUAUGCAUAAAAACAUUGCUAUCCCUGAGAUUGAUUUUCAGGCAAGGCAAGAUGAUGCACUUGUGCAUGUUAGUUUCCCAUUGGAUCUUCAUCCUGCUUCUCGAGUUGUAAAGACCCUUCGGGAAAAUCAAAUUGUCGCUCCUGAAGCGAUUGUUUCCACAACGGAUAACAAAAUUGUGCAUACAUUCACGAUCAGAACGCAGAGUGGACACGCUGAGAAUCUAAAGGAGAAGCUGCAGGCUGCUCUUUCGAACUGAUUGAAUCGACUUGUAUAGUUUCACCUGUUAGAUCGAUCUUUGUUACAUGAUUAUGGUGCGGAAUGAGUAUAAACUAUCAAUUGUUCAUGUAUGAUAUAGAAUACUUUGUGGGUUAUCAUUUUAUGUAUGAUUUGGCUUCCCGAUUUCAUAUGGAAGGCGAUACUUUUUCUUGAUAAAUUCAGUCGUAUACAGGAUUGGUUCGUAGAUGAAGAGCCUUACCACGGAUAGACAGUAAUAUUGUCUGUUGAAUCGUAUGUUUGUAGGUGAAGAUGCAACUUAAUAUGAAAUGUAAAUCUUUUGGCUUUUUGAACUCGUAGUGUAGGCACAUAUUGAUGGCAUAUCCUACCGAUCUUUUCGUUUA